AUGAUACGCAGUGAGCUUUUGGACAGGAUUCAUGGUUUUGGGAUACCUGAAGAAUUACAUGAUACACUAGAUUUACAACAGGGUACAGCAACGUGCUGUAAGUACAAUCGUUGGGGUUCGCAGGCGGCAAUUGGGUGUACUGAUGGCCGUGUAUAUAUUGUUGAUUCAACCACAAAGGUUGUUGCCACUCAGUGGAUUUGCCACGCAUAUCCAAUAACUGCUCUUAGUUGGUCAAGAAAUGGUAGGAAGCUGUUAACGGCCUCUCUUGAUUGGACUGUUUGCAUAUGGGAAGUAGUUGACUGUGCAAGGGUCGAGCGGUUUGUAUAUGGCUCACCUGUGUUCGCUGCAAUGUUUAAUCCGAGGAAUGAAAAUCAGUUCGUUGUUCUUCAUCUUGGCACUAAUCCGGUUGCUGUUGACGUACAGCAGAAGGAGCAGAGAGAGAUAACACCAUUUGCCAGUGCAGAUGAAGAGGGUGGAGAAGUUACUGCUAUAGCAUUUGAUCGUCGGGGGAACUACAUUGUAACUGGUAGCAGUAAAGGGAGGAUUACAAUUUAUGAUGCCGCCACAUUGCAGUUUGUAACUUAUGUUAGACAAGGAGCUAAUCAUCAAAUAAAAAAUAUUGUUUUGACUAGGCGAGAGGAUUUUCUUAUAACCAACUCGCAGGAUCGCGUCAUACGUUCAUACAGUUUUGUUGAGUUACUGAAAAAAAACACUGGAGAAGUUGUGGACACUGAAAUGAAAAUAUUUGACACGAUUAAUAAGGCGUCAUGGAAGUCAAUUUGUGCGUCUGGAGACGGAGCAUACAUCUGUGCCGCUAGAGAAAAGUCACAAGCUUUACAUAUAUUUGAAAGAAACACAAGUAGCUUGAUGAAGAUCUUGGAGGGCCCAAAGGGUGAGUCGUUACAUGACGUUCAGUGGCAUCCUAUCAGACCAGUCAUAAUGUCAGUUGCGACUAACGGGAUAGUUUCUAUUUGGGCUCAGGCACAUGCUGAAAACUGGAGUGCUUUCGCUCCAGAUUUUACGGAACUGGAUGAAAAUGCUACUUAUGAAGAAAAAGAAUCAGAGUUUGAUGAGGAGGACGAGGAUCGUCAUGUAUUACAGUCUUCUCAAGCUGUUGUAGAAGACGAUGAAGAAGUAGACGUGGUAUCAUUGGAUCCUUGUGCUGUAUACUGUAGUUCAGAUGAUGACGAUAAUGAUGGAAGCUCAUAUGUUACGGAUCUCACCGCUAAAAAGGGGCCUUUGUGGUAUUAUCCAUAUCCACCUGAAAUUGAAGAACCAGAAGAAAAUCCGUUUUCCAUGCUUAUAAAUAUUAUGAAUCACAGUCAGAGUGAUUAG